CUAUCGUAUUAUAGCUGGAAUUACGAAUAGACAAUCUAGAUUUGGUUUUCUACCUCUUGGCCAAAGCAAAUAUUCUCACCACAAAGAGGAACUUCAAGACAGCAAAAUGUUUUAAACGUAUUUCACAAAUAUUUUUUUCUUGCAUGUUUUUUGAACAAAUAUGAUGGCUACAAAAAUAUGACUUGUUUUGCCGUCAGUGGUCUUGACGCUCAGUGACAGUCGUCCCCGCUCAACGACCUACUCUGACAUAGACCAUGCCUCAAGGAUGGCCAUAGUCAUGCUCCAGUGACCUGCUUCGACCAAAGUGACCAUGGCUAGUUAAUUAAACAAAGGACAAAUUAGUCUUAUUAGAGUUACAUUAAGUAAUAAUUGUGGUGCGCCAAACAACAUCCUUUUUUCGUUUUGGAAAACGAUUUGAUGAACACGUUUUUCAUUUUAAUUUUCUCCAAUUUUCCAUUAAUUUUCUUUGUUAAACACACUUGUUUUUGUGUUUUCUACGGAGCAUUUUCUAGUAAACGGCCCUAAAUAUCUCAAUCAUUUUGCUACCGUUUACUACCUUCGUCGUAACCGGUAGUAACUAUCCUCUUUGGGCCUGACCAGUGGGUUAGUGACUAUCCUCUUUUUCUUUCCUUCCACGGCAAAGCUGCAGCGUAGCAGCGCCUCAACUGGCUGAUAGCCGAAAACCUUCGGCGGCCUGUCACCGUUGCUUAAACAAUUCUACGUCGGAGUUGUUGAUUCUCUUACAUAUUCACCAUCAUUUCGUUUGCUCUUUCCUAUCAUUCUCUACAUAUACGUAUACUAUCUGUACAUAUUUCACGGAUAGAAGGAUGGUGCAUGGUGGGUACGGUAAGCGGAAGAUCUCCGAGAAGAGCAGCCGCCGACCGAAGUCUUUGGGUGCGGAGAAGAAGCCCAAGCCCAAGUCAAAGACAAUCUCCCUCAAGAAUCAAAUUCGAUCUAUCGAGCGCAUGCUACGCAAAGACCUGUCUCCUGAAAUCAGAACAGCGCAGGAAAAAAAGUUAGAAGAAUUCAAGAAGCAGCAAGAUAUUCACAUUCGUUUAGCUGUUGAACGGAAACAAUUCAUUCGAAACAAAAAGAUCAAGUUUUUUGAUAGAAGAAAGAUUGAAAGGCGAAUAAGAAGGUUAGAAAAACAACAGCGCACUUGUUCUGGUCAGGUACAAGAAACUCAGAUUGCUGAGCAACUUGCUAGGCUGAAGGAAGACCUUGAAUAUGUUAAGUUCUUUCCUAAAACCGAGAAGUAUGUAUCCUUGUUCACUGGAGGUGAGGAUGAAGAGAUUGUUGAAAAGCGAAAAGAAUUGCGCAAACAGAUUAAGGCAAACUUAGUUGCUGCUGCUGCAAGUGGCAAGGAUUUGGAAGAGACAGGGAGUGAGGAUGAUGGGCUUUUGGAUCUAAGUGAUGAUGAUUUCUUUGUGAGUGGAAGCUCAAGCGAUGAAGCUGAUGCUGAUGAUGAAUGGACUGAUAAGAGUGCUAGGGAACAUGCAUCUAAUGCUUCAGGUAAAGCUUCGUCGGGCAUGUCCAGUGAUGAAAGGAAUCAGAGGCAGGUUUCUGCCCGCUCUUUAAUGCCUCCUCCUCGGCCAUCUAGCAAAUCCUUCUCUGGUUCAGUCCACAAGAAAUCAAGAUUUGGAGGAUCUUUGAGUAGUAAAAAACCAUCAUCCUUCAGGGGACGUGAACUGUCAUCGUCGAGCAACACGUCAGAUAGCAUCAAUAGGUCUGCCUUCAGAAAAGGACAUUCCUUAGAUUCACUUGCAGGCAACAGUGGAAAUCAAAGCUCAAACUCUGAUGCACGUAGACCACGAAGAAAGAGGAGGCCUAAAAAGAAAAAGCAACAACCCUAACCAUCCUCUUUAUGGCUGCAAUAUUGUUCAUUACCCAAGUCUUGGGGGUUUUGUGGGAACAAAAAACAUUUAGUACUUUUAGAUUCAGUAUAUUGUGCUAUACUGUAUCCAAUGUACCGUUUUCCUUGUUCAGUGGGAGCAACUGUUUCACCAUCAGCAACUAAUUGUAGUUAUGCAGUUUACAAUGCCUUGCAAAUGCAUUUUGCUGUAUACUCAGUAGAUAUGAGUAGAUCAUGUAUUCUUGUUCUCUUUAUUUGUGAAGGAAAAUGUCAUGGGAUAGGGCAGUUGGGGGAGCUCCAACACCCUAUUAUGUACUCCGUAUUAUUAAAAGCUGUUUGGUGAAUGCAUGCUUCUACAUCAAUGCUACAGACAUUGUUAGACGCAUAUAUUGGCAAAUGGUUGAAACUUAG